GUUUGUCUCCAGCUCCCUACAGCUCCACAGACCAAUUCUGGGAAAAUUUAUCUAGCUUUCUCUCCAUCUGGAUGCGACCAGGCUGUCACAUCCACAAUCACCCAGGCCUGGACACAUGAAGGUCUCCCCCGUCGUUGUCAUCCUCCUCCUCAGCUACGCAGAGGACUGGGGACCCCUGAAGACAUUGGGAUCCCCUUUGGGACCCCUGGGUACGGUCCUGUAUCCUUUCGGGCCAGAGAUGGGGGAUGAGGCCACCCGCCAUGAAGAUGAUGGGACAAGCCCUGAGAUCUUCCUGCAGGAAAGCUUCUCCUUCUUUGGACGUGCCCACCGCUCACUCUAUGUGAACAACAACGGUGUGCUGUCCUUUGGGACAAUGGUCCCGGAGUUCACCCCCCAGCCCUUCCCACUGCCAGGCCACCGCCCCUUUGUGGCACCUUACUGGGCUGAUGUGGACACCCGUCUGGGAGGAGAUGUCUUCUACCGGCAGAGCCGGGACCCCCAGCUACUGGCACGCCUGGCCCAGGACCUGGCACCUGCUGUGCCACCUGGGGACCGGCCCCCACAGCCGACCUGGGCAUUCGUGGCCACCUGGGACCGUGUGGCCUAUUUUGGGGCUGCCUCAGACAAGGUGAACACCUUCCAGGCUGUGCUGGCCUCAGAUGGUGUCACAUGCUUUGUCCUGCUCAACUACGGAGACCUGCAGUGGACAACUGGCAUUGCUAACCAGGGAGAUCCCCACACUGGCCUGGGCGGCAUCCCUGCACAGGCUGGGUUCAACAGUGGAGAUGAUGUCCAUUACUACAAUGUGCCAGGGUCACGCACACCCGCAGUGCAGAGCCUUAGCCACCGCAGCAACCUGGGGGUCCCGGGGCGCUGGGCUUUCCGUGUUGACGACUUCAAGGCCACUGAGGGACCACCCGAGACUCCUGGCGCCCUGUCAAAGACCCCUGAGGCCCCCUGGAGUCCGUUGCCACCCCACAAGACCCUCUCAGUAUCCCCCAACGCCCCCAGGACCACAGAGGAGCAGGUGUAUAUCUGCGGAUCAUGAGCAGGUGACACCUGGCACAUUCAGGGUAGGGGGGUUGCCUAACUGCCCUCACCCCACCCCCCACUGAAGGAUGUGCUCCCACAAGGGCUGCAUUAUGACGGAAACAGCAAUAAAUACCCACUGAGCAACACCUGUAUCAGCUGUGUGUACACAGAAGCAUGUAGGCAGCAAAACAGAUGUCAUGUCUGAAAUGUGUAUGCAUCCCCAUCUGUUCCCAUGAAG